CGACCAAUCAGGAGUGAGCAUUUUUCGCGCUGGUCGGCCGGAGAGUUUGAGUUUCCCGCAAGCUUUUGGUUCGACUUGAAUGAAAUCCUCCGCUUUGCAGGAUGAAUACGAACGUUUGCUCCCUUUAAACACGGACAGGAGACCGAACAGCUCAGUGAGCCUGGAGGGGGUUAGAUGGGAUGGACAGCAUUGGUAGCUCCCUGCCUUCGAUGCCCGAGCCAGCCAACCCGAUCAGCAUGAAGCAGCCGCCAGAGUCCCUGAGCAUACAGAAGGGUCGGGGCGAUAUGCUGAGCGACCCGGCUCUGCUCAUGGAUAAGGCCGCGGCGCAGGUGGCCGCCACACUACAGGACAGUGUUCUCCAGAAGAUGGCUGGCCAUAAUCACAACAACCAUGAGAGACUCAAGGACCUCACCUCCCUGGUGCUGAACGGCGACCAGGACACGCUGCCCAAGCUUUGUGCGCCGGAGCCCCCCAUGCUGAAGGGCGCCGAGGUGCCCACUACGAAUGGCACCCAUCAGCACAGCUGCACUCCGCAUGGCGAGCCCGAACUCAAGGCGACGGUACCCCAGGUGGUCCAGCAGCCGCUGUUUGAGCCGUGCCGCGCUAAUGGCACCAGCUUGGACGCCCCCAGCGAAGGCUCGCUGUCCGGACCCGACGACACGCAGAGUAAGAAGAGCCGGAGGGGGAGACCUGAUAAACCAAAGCCACGUGCAGACUUCAGUGCGUCCGUCGUCCCCGUGGAGCCGCUCGACCACACAGAUGCCGCUGAGGAACCUGGACCUGCUAAAGAGCCUGAACUCCGGUCAGACGCAGAGGAAGCAGCAGAAGAGUCUCCAGCACUGAACCGUUUCUCUGUGGGAGACCUGGUCUGGACCAAGGUGACCGGAUACCCCUGGUGGCCCUGCAUGGUGACCACAGACCCCGAAUCCAACAACCACUUCAAGCAGAGACAGAAAUCCCCCAGGAGCAGGCUGGGCGUCCUCUACCACGUCCAGUAUUUCGGAGACGCCCCGGAGAGAGGCUACGUGUUCGAGAAGAACAUGGUGUUCUUCACCGGUGUGGAUCAGUACCAGGAGCUGAGCCAGCUGAACAAACGGCGGGCGUCCCGGCUCGUCCACAGGAAGACGGCUCCUCCCAAACCCCGUAAACUCCAGGCUCAGUGGAACGCCGGCAUCGUUCAGGCCAAGGAGGCGCUGGGCGCGUCGCCGGACAGCCGCCUGGAGAAAUUCGGCUUCCUGUACGACGGGGACGAGCCCCGCCUGAACCCCCGGGUCCUGGAGCAGCUGCAGCCCAAGCAGAGUCCGGAGACGGAGUCCCGGCUGGGCCCGGCCCGGGUCCCCGAACCGAAUCCUCCGGCCUCGGCGGCCGACGUCCAGCCGAAGAAGAGGAGGAGGAAGAAUCAGCUGCAGCCCCUCCCCAAGACCGUGAGGAAGAGGAGGAAGGCCACGCCUGCAGAGGACAGCGGCCGAGUCCCCGCGAGGAAGAGGAAACCCAAGCUGCCCCCCUCAGCCGGCGACGCCUCCAGAGCCGCUCCAGUUAAAAGGGAACGGAGGAGGAGGCUGAAAAGGCCGCGGACAGACUCUGCGACAGACUCUGCGACAGACAAGGAUCAGCAGCCGAAAAAGAGACGCCGAGCCAGCAAGGCUGCUGAGAAACAGGGCUCUGGCAGUGAAGGACGUCCCGACUCCCCGAGCGACAGCUUAGACGGGACGAAGAAAGGCGAACGGAAACAGAAAGAGUUCGUCUGUCAGGUGUGUGAGCAGGCCGGUGAGGAGCUGGUUCCCUGUGAGGGCCAGUGCUGUGGGAUGUUUCACCUCCACUGCAUGGGUCAGUCCUUCAAACCUGAAGACAAGCUGAUGUGUGAGGAGUGCAGCUCAGGAAUUCACGCUUGCUUCAUCUGUAAGAAGUCCGAAGGGAAAGCUCGCCGCUGCCACGUCCCGCACUGCGGAAAGUUCUACCACGAGGCGUGCGUCCGCCUCAACCCGCUCACCGUCUUCGACAACCGCGGCUUCCGCUGCCCGCUGCACACCUGCCUGAGCUGCCACUACGGGUCCCACAAGUCCAGCAAGACCAGGCUGAUGCGCUGCCUGCGCUGCCCCGUGGCGUACCACGUGGGCGACCUGUGCGUGGCCGCCGGCAGCGAGAUGAUCACCAACACCGCCUUCAUCUGCACCAACCACUUCCACGCCAAGAAGGGCUACAGGCACCACAGCCACGUCAACGUCAGCUGGUGCUUCGUCUGCUCCAAAGGAGGGCAGCUGCUGUGCUGCGAGUCGUGCCCCGCCGCCUUUCACCCCGACUGCCUGAACAUCGCCAUGCCCGACGGGAGCUGGUUCUGCAACGACUGCCGAGCUGGAAAGAAACCCAAAUACAGAGACAUCAUCUGGGUCAAGCUGGGGACGUACAGGUGGUGGCCGGCAGAAAUCCAUCAUCCCAGGAACAUCCCCACGAACAUCCAGCACCUCCGGCACGAGAUCGGAGAGUUCCCCGUCUUCUUCUUCGGGUCCAAGGAUUACUUCUGGACGCACCAGGGCCGAGUGUUUCCCUACAUGGAGGGCGACCGGGGCAGCAAGAGCCAGCGGAGCGUCCUGGGAAAGCUCUUCAAGAACGCUGUUUUGGAAGCCGAAGCUCGAUUUAAGGAGGUGAAGAUGAAACGGGAAGCGAUAGAAGCAAAAGAGAACAGCAGGAAGCCUCCUCCGUAUAAAUCCAUCAAGGUCAACAAGCCGUUCGGCGGGGUUCAGGUCUACACCGCCGACAUCUCCGAGAUCCCCAAGUGCAACUGCAAGCCGUCGGUGGAGCGGCCGUGCGGCUUCGAGUCGGAGUGCCUGAACCGCAUGCUGCAGUACGAGUGCCACCCCGAGGUGUGUCCCAGCGGCGAGCGCUGCUGCAACCAGGACUUCACCAAACGCCUCUACCCCGAGGCCAAGAUCAUCAAGACGCCCGGCAAAGGCUGGGGCCUCGUCUCGCUGAGGGACAUCAAGAAGGGCGAGUUCGUCAAUGAGUACAUCGGAGAGCUGAUCGACGAGGAGGAGUGUCGGGCCAGGAUCAAGUUCGCUCACGAGAACAACAUCACCGACUUCUACAUGCUGACCAUCGACAAGGACCGGAUCAUCGACGCCGGGCCAAAAGGAAACUACUCCCGCUUCAUGAACCACAGCUGUCAGCCCAACUGCGAGACGCAGAAGUGGACGGUGAACGGAGACACUCGAGUGGGUCUGUUCGCCGUCUGCGACAUCCCGGCAGGAACGGAGCUGACCUUCAACUACAACCUGGACUGCCUCGGCAACGAGAAGACGGUGUGCCGCUGCGGCGCGCCCAACUGCAGCGGCUUCCUGGGAGACCGGCCCAAAAACUCCAACGGCCAGGCGGCCGAGCCCAAAGCCAAGAGGACGAAGAGGAAACAAAAGAGGAGGAAAACGGAGGGGAAGAAGUCGGACGACGAGUGUUUCCGCUGCGGUGACGGAGGCCAGCUGGUGCUGUGCUGCAAGAAGACCUGCGCCAAGGCCUACCACCUGUCCUGCCUCAACCUCACCAAGAGGCCCUUCGGUCGCUGGGACUGCCCGUGGCAUCACUGUGACGUCUGUGGGAAGAACUCGGUGGCCUUCUGCCAGCUGUGCCCCAACUCCUUCUGCAAGGCCCACCAGGAGGGGGCGCUGCGGGCCUGGAAGCCCACCGGCCAGCUCUGCUGCUCGGAGCACGAGGAGCUGGACGGGCAGACCGCCGCCUCGCAGCCCGCCGCCGCCGCCGCCCCAAAAGGCUCCAGGAAGGCCCGCAUGAAGGGCUCCAAGAGGAAAGCGGCCGAGGCCUGACCUGACCUUUGACCCGACUGACACCAAACCAGACUGAAGCCCCGCCCCUGCCCCCGCCCCCCCAGCUCUCUCUUUCUCUGGUCUCGUCUGCACUGAGGUGAUCGUGUGUUGAAGCACAACCAGCAGAGCAGCUCAGCGAUCUUCAUCCACUGGAUCCGAACUCGACCUCUGACCCCACUGCCCGACUCACUUUGUACUUUUGUAGCCGGAUCCACUGAGGGGCGGCGCCGCUUCUCAGAGCUAUAUCUAUAUAUGUGUAUAUGAAAGACCAAAACUAUGAUGACUGGAAGAGUGAGACGCCGCCGCCAAGCCGAGCUUUUAUUUUGUAGUAGAGUGUUGAGACACUACGGACGGCCUCCUUGUUUUUCUAGCCUUAGAUCACGUUACGCUGUAGAUUAGCCUCUGAGAGUGUAGCUCAGACCGACCUGUAGGCCAGUUUCUCUGAAGAAGACGACGGCUGAAAACACUACGGGGCUUUCCGGGCCGCUGAAGGAACGCCGCCGAGCUCACGGUGCUUUAAUCCAAACACUCCGACGCUUCCCGCCUCCCUCGCGCUUCCGUCUUCAGCUCUGCUUCGUGUUUUUUCUACGUCAAGCUUAAAAAUAAAUCACAGCUUCACUUUUUCACUCCAGAAAGCAAAACAAAUGAAACCCUAAGAGGAAGUUGACAUUUUCAGAAUAAACUUAUGAUGAAGCAUUAAAAUGUUCAUCUCAGUCCUUCGUUAAGGAAAGUUAUUUUUUUUAUUUGAAGUUAAAGAAAACGAUCAAGAAUGACGAAUUCAUAAAGUCUCAGUUGAACUUGAAGCAAAAUUUUAAAAAAGUUUUUUUUUGUCUUUUCCAUUCCUCAACAUUCCGACCUGGUUCUUCAAACUGAACUUUAUUUCUAAAGACGUUACUUAAACAAAAGGUCAGACAUUUUACGGACUCGUUAAGUUCAAAACUUUUUGCCGACUGAAGUCAGUUUAUAUUCAGGAAACGAGGAGGACGGUUGAAACUGACUGAAAAUAUUUAAAGCAAAU